AUGGCUCGCGCGCGCGCUCUCCUCGCGCUCGCCCUCCUCGCCCUCGCCGCCCUCGCCACCGUGGACGCGCAGUACUCCGGCCGCGACGACGAGGAGAAGUCCGGGUACACGGGCAGGUACUCCCGCGACGACCGCCCGCGCGCGAGGUCGAUAUCGUCGCGAUACACCCCAAGCCGCGGCAUACGCUACCGCCGCAACCUCCUCCAAGCGGUCGACGCGGACGACGACGACGACGACGACGACGCGGGCCUCGCCGUGAGCGAGGAGUACGGCAAGGGCGAGCCCUCGAACGUCCCGCGUCUGGAUGAAGAGUUCUCCGCGGACGUCAACGGCGUCGAGACUUCGCCGGAGACGCGCGAGAAGAUACCCUCGGAGGAGCACCGCCUGAAGGGCGAGUGGGACGAACCGAGCGGGAAGUGCAAGACGCUCCUCGAGAUCAUCCAGACGCACCCGGACCUGAGCGAGCUCGCCGCCGCGAUGGCGGACCUCCCGAUCGUCCAGAACGAGCUCGGAAACAGCUCGGUGACGGACACGUUCUUCGCGCCGACGAACGACGCGAUCGAAGGGUUCACGGCGUGGGCCGGGUUCGAGGACAUUAAGGAAGGGCUGCAAGAGCUCCUCGGCGACGUCGAGUGGAAGGGGUUCUUGAUCGCGUACCACGCGGUUCCCGACCGCGCGCUGACGCGCGCCGACCUCGUGAAGUUAAAAGGCGGCGAUCGGUUCUUAGAAGACGCGCUGCAGGCGGAGAUGCCGCUGUUCAUCGUCGCGAACGGCGUCCUCGAGAAGGACGGCACCCAGAACGAAACAGCCGCGGACGACGUCUACUGCGUCGGCCUCGGGUCCCGAGCCAAGCUGGUCGGGGACGAGAUCGUCGCGUGCAACGGCGUCCUUCACAUGAUCGACACCGUGCUGCUUCCCUUCGACGGCGACGACACGCUGAACGAGGAGCAGACCGAGCGUUUCAUCGCCGCGAAGGAGGCGCUCGAGGAGCGGUACCCCGAUCGACCGACGCUGAUCGAUCCGUUCAAGUACGCGACGGAAGAUGAAGACGCCGCGGCCGCGCUGGAGGACGCGGAGGAAGAUGAGGGCGAGGAGGACGAAGAGGAGGAGGAGGAGGAAGAGGACGAAGAGGAGGAGGACGACUGA